AGGGAUAAUUGUCCCUUGAUACUGUACACUGUGCAGUACCAAGUAAUAAUUUUCUGCCUUGAUAAUGUACACUGAAAAUUACCAAGGGGUAAUUGUCCGCAUAAUUAAUGUACAGUACCAAGUAGUAAUUAUCCGCCUUGAUACUGUACACUGUAAACAUCCUCCUUUUUAGUGUACAGUACCAAGAGUUUAAUAUCCGCCUUAUUACUGUACAGUACUAAGAGUUUUAUAUCCGCCUUAUUACUGUACAGUACCAAGAGUUUAAUAUCCGUCUUAUUACUGUACAGUACCAAGAGUUUAAUAUCCGCCUUAAUACUGUACAUUACCAAGAGUGUAAUAUACGCCUUAUUACUGUACAUUACCAAGAGUUUAAUAUCCUCCUUAUUACUGUACAUUACCAAGAGGUAAAUAUCCGCCUUAUUACUGUACAGUACCAAGAGGUAAAUAUCCGCCUUAUUACUCUACAGUACCAAGAGUUUAAUAUCCUCCUUAUUACUGUACAUUACCAAGAGGUAAAUAUCCGUCUUAUUACUCUACAGUACCAAGAUUUUAUUAUCCGCCUUAUUAAUGUACAUUACCAAGAGGUAAAUGUUCACCACAUUACUGUACAGUACCAGUAGCUAUUUGGUUGGACUAAGUGCGGAGAAAUUGUAAGAGAAGAUAAAGAGAAGAGGAGGAGGAGGAGGAGGACUAAAGAGAAGUAUAUAUUUACUGGUUCUUAUCAGAAUACCCGUCAGUUUAUAAUCAACAACUUGAUACAGAGGCAUCUUCCUGCAGUCUAUACUCUUAUACCAAGAUGGAGACUAUGGAGAACAGUUCCGAGUUCAACGUAACAAUGGACUUGAACCUGACCAACACAAACUUCACGCUGCCUGAGGACAUGGUGUUUGGCGAGGCCCACGUCUACUCGAUGAUUGCCUACUCGAUUCUCUUCAUAAUUGGGUUCUACGCUAACAGCACUUCACUCAAGCAUUUCUUGCAUGUUCGGUACAUCCAGCGGAAAGCAACUAGAAUCAAUCUUCUCUUCAUCCAUCUGUGUAUCUCAGAUCUGCUGGUCAUCUGUCUGGAAAUACCGAUCAGCUUUGGCUGGGCUGCUACGGUGUCCUGGUGGGCUGAUGACGUCACAUGCCGAUUGGUCGUGUUUGCCCGCAUCAUUGGCUUCUACCUCUCAUCCUUUAUUCUCAUCAUAGUUUCAUACGACAGGUUCAAUGCGAUUGUCCGACCUAUUUCUAACAGAUUGAAGACAAAACUGAUCAAAAACCUUCUUAUUGCCUCCUACAUCAUGGCUCCUCUCUGCGCUCUGCCGCAAAUAUUUAGAUUUUCCAAAAAACCGCAUCCAUCAUUGAACGAUUAUUAUCAGUGCACCACAAUCGGAAACUAUGAAACAGAAGAAAUGGAUCUUGCGUACUUCAUGUACUUCUUCACCAUGUCCUGGCUCCUGCCCCUCACCGUCAUGGUCUAUUGCUAUAUCAGAAUCAUUAUGACUGUUUGGACUCGAGCUACCAACCCUACACUUCAAACAUCAGUGAACACUUCGAUUGAGAAAGCAAAGGUGAAGACGAUAAAGAUGACCGGAACUCUAGUUCUUGGAUUUAUUCUCUGCUGGUCACCAUACAACAUCAUGGCACUGUGGUUCCGGUUUGACCCCGAAUCCGCCAACUCUGUAGAUUUCCGAGUUCAGAAACUGCUCUGGGUUUUUGCGUCCGCCAACAACUGCUUUAAUCCAAUUCUCUACGGAAUAUUUGGAUACGGCUCAACCAGAAAAAGUGGGAGACCCCGGGCAAUAACUGAAACAGGAAUAGUAAGAAGUCCUGUCACCCUAGCACGAAAAACCUUAAAUGAAACGGAAUUGACACCUCGGAUUAAAUCCUACUCCAAAUCCGGAUCUAGCUCUAAACCCGGCUCCAGCACUAAAACCGGCUCCAACCCUGAAACCGGCACUAGAAAGAUUUCUCAAACUUCCGUCUCCUUCGGAACCUGUAACUCAACCUUCAUCUCCCACCCUAGCAGGGCCGAGAGCAGUCCCCCCAGGGGGAACAGGUUCAAGUGUGUUAAAAAGCACUCUGUACGUGUUCAAUACACUAACACGAAGUUCUACGUCCAGUCGGGGAAAGGGACAUACGCUGAGACUGACAAUCUCUAAAUUCAAUUCAAAACUGAUAUAAAAUCUAUUUUAAAUAUGUUGGGUUUAUAUCAUAUUAUAUAUGUAUUAUGUAUGUUGUGUUUUAAUUCGUUUAAAUUUGAAUUUGUUUUCAAUGAACUGUAAAAUAUUCAAAGAGCUUAGAAUAAAAGAGUUUUAAGUUUCAUUAAAACUUAAGACUCAAGUCUUAAGAA